CCAGGUUUUAUUCCCAGAGACGCAGCUCUGGACUUCAGACGACAUCAACACAAACACACGGACGCACAAGGACGCACAAGGACGCACACACGACAAGACAAGACAAGACAAGAGGACCUGAGCCAGACCACAGCGCCGCGGAGCCACAUGACCUGACGACCCCUGUGACCUCACGCCCUCACGACCCCUGUGACCUCACGCCCUCACGACCCCUGUGACCUCACGCCCUCACGACCCCUGUGACCUCACGCCCUCACGACCCCUGUGACCUCACGCCCUCACGCGUCACAGCCCGGCUGGAGAUGGCGGUGGGAUCGUCGGGGAAGGCGGCGCAGCGGCGGAUCGUGUCCAAGGACGGCCACAACAACGUGCGCAUCGACAAUGUGGAGGGGAUGGUGAAGCUCUACCUGCACGACCUGUGGACCACGGUGGUGGACAUGAAGUGGAGAUACAAGCUCACCCUGUUCGCCUCCACCUUCGUCCUCACCUGGUUCCUCUUCGGCGUCGUCUUCUACGUCAUCGGCGUCGGUAACGGGGACACGGAGGACGGCCUGAGCUCCAACCACACCUCCUGCGUCCAGAACGUGCGCACGCUCACCGGGGCCUUCCUCUUCUCUCUCGAAUCGCAGACCACCAUCGGCUACGGCUUCCGCUACAUCUCCGAGGAGUGCCCCCUGGCCAUCUUCACCCUCGUCGCCCAGCUGGUCAUCACGGGCCUGGCGGAGAUCUUCGUGACGGGGGCGUUCCUGGCCAAACUGGCGCGUCCCAAGAAGCGCGCGGAGACCAUCAAGUUCAGCCAGGUGGCGGUGGUGUGCGCCCACCGCGGGCGGCGCUGCCUCAUGGUGCGGGUGGCCAACAUGAGGAAGAGUCUGCUCAUCCAGUGCCAGCUCACGGGCAAACUCCUGCACGCCAGCGUGACGGAGGAGGGCGAGAAGAGCCAGGUGACCCAGAGCAACGUGGACUUCUACAUGGACUCCAGCGGGGAGUGCCCCUUCCUCAUCCUGCCCCUCACCUUCUACCACGUGCUGGACGAGAGCAGCCCCCUGUCCCGCCUGACCGCCGAGUCCCUGGCCACGGCCGACUUCGAGCUGCUGGUCACGCUCAACGCCACCAUGGAGUCCACCGCCGCCACCUGCCAGAGCCGCACCUCCUACGUGCCCCAGGAGAUCCUUUGGGGCUUCGAGUUUAAGCCGGUUCUGUUCAGCGCCGGCACCGGGCGCUACGUGGCAGACUUCAACUUCUUCGACAAAGUGCAGGCGUCGGGCGGCGAACCCCUGGGGAACCCGGACAAACUCAGGCUGGAGUAGAACCUGGUCUACGUUCUGUUUGGAUCCAGAAGAUUCUGGGUCGGGACCACGGAGCGUGAAAACCUCGAUCUCUCAGACGCAGGAGACGUCUCCAAAACUCUCGUCACAUCCAGAACUAAAUCCAGAACUUUAACCUGAGAUCAGAGUUUGGAGCUUCGACUGUUGAUUCUGUCAAAAUCAACUCUGUUUAUGUUUCUGAUUUUUCUCCUUUUUUACUUAUUUUUACAUGGUUCUAGUGGUUCUAGUGGUUCUGUG